UGCAGGACACAGACAGAGAGCGAUUGGGAUACACAUCGACACGCAGCAGCUCACUGUGCCGAUACCGUCCUCAGAUUCUCCCGUUGAGCUCAGCAGCAUCUGCACGUUAGCAACUGGAUGUAGCACCGACGGAUAUUCCCCGGUGAAACCCGUCUGCCACACGGUCCCGGUGUUUGUCAACGGGUUUAAAACAGCCCAUUGCCCGGGGUUAGUCAGUUCGUUAGCGCCUGUGAGGUUUAGCUUCCGGCUAACGACGUUAACUUCGUGGGUUAACUGAACGUUAACUCCGCUGUUAGCUUGUUUACGACCGACGACACAGUACCGACCGCUGCUGCGGCUCCACGGGUCUAAGCUCACGGAUGCUCGCGGUGUUAUGAACCCGUUACGAACCUACCUGCAAGACUCACCGUGUGUCCGGCCGUUAGUCGGAGCUGGAGCUGCUGUUCGAUUCUGACUCAACACACACUGCCGCCCCGGUUUAAAAUGACGCUCACUGACUGACGCAGCCAAUCAGCAGCCGACUUUCAAAAACAAGCUACCUGCUGACCAAUGAGAAACGCGAGAACGGUGGGAGCAGCACUCUUAUUGGACAGAGGGAAUUUUCCGGAAAGGGACGGAACUUCACGUUUACGUCACAAAGUGGAGACAACUAAAAAAGGGUUUUUUUUUGUGUCGUAAACAAUUUAUUGAUAUUACCUCUUGUAUUUAAUUUUAUCCAAUUAGUUUUUACUAGUUCUUAUUUUAAGCUCGUUUAGUUUUGAACUACAUUUAUCUGACAAGUGAAGGUACUGGUCAAGUUUUCAGAGACACAUUCAGAAAAGUCAAAUUAUUAUAUACAUCAUAGUGUGAUGUUGUAUAUAUUACACUUAUAUUUAUAAGUUGAGAUUGUUCUAUUCAGCUCACUCCUGCUCUCAUCCUCCUGACACUUGAUAUGUGAUGUGUUUGUGCACUGGGACAACAGGCCUCCUGCCCCUGGGGACACUCCUCACCUGGACUCUGCACUGACAAAAGAAGAAGAAAAAAACAUCGGAUGUCGUCGUCUUAUUUUGAAGGAGUGUUUCCGGGCAGUUCAGCUGAACUCACCGCUCCUCGCACUCAGAGAAGAUGAACGCGCCUCCCGCCUUCGAGUCGUUUCUACUGUUUGAAGGAGAAAAAAAGAUCAGCAUCAGCAAGGACACGAAGGUUCCCAACGCCUGUUUGUUCACCCUGAACAAGGAAGAUCACACGCUAGGCAACAUCAUCCGAGCUCAGCUGCUGAAGGAUCCUCAGGUUCUAUUCGCUGGUUAUAAAGUUCCUCAUCCUCUAGAACACAAGAUCGUCAUCAGAGUCCAGACCACACCUGACUACAGUCCACAGGAAGCGUUUACGAACGCCAUCACGGAUCUGAUCAGUGAACUGUCUCUGCUGGAGGAACGCUUCAGAGUCGCCAUAAAAGAUAAACAGGAAGGGAUCGAGUGACACCCCUUACCCCUCCUGAUGAUGUUACUUCAUGUUUCUGUUUAAUUAUUUUUUAUAAAUAAAGUCUGUUAUGUCACAAUC